CCUCUUCUUCUCCUUCAUCCCCUUUAUUUAUUUAUACCCCAACUUCACUUCAAUUCGCAUUCUCCAUUCCAUUAUUCCUAAACCACCUUCUCUCUGUUUUCUCUUUCUAUUAACAUAUACUAUUCUUUCUAUUUUCAUGCGAGAGUGUGAGAGAUUUUGUAACACCAAAAUAGAAACAUGAGUUGCAAUGGGUGCCGAGUUCUUCGAAAAGGUUGCAGUGAGUCGUGUAUUUUACGACCUUGUUUGCAAUGGAUCGAAACUCCAGAAGCUCAAGGCCACGCUACUGUUUUCGUAGCAAAAUUCUUUGGUCGGGCUGGUCUCAUGUCCUUCAUUUCCAACGUCCCUGAACCACAGAGACCAGCUCUGUUUCAGUCUCUACUGUUUGAAGCGUGUGGGAGAACGGUUAACCCUGUGAACGGUGCUGUUGGACUUCUUUGGACUGGAAACUGGCACGUGUGUCAAGCAGCAGUUGAGACGGUUCUUCGCGGUGGCACGCUAAGGCCUUUACCGGAGCUGACACUUCUGGACGCGCCUCUCACUGCCACCGAUGAAGCUUCUGAGGCGGAAGACGGUGGUGCUGAUGCUAUGUGGAAGAUCCGAGAACCGAAUUUCGGGUUGGCGAGCUCACGAUCUAGCAAUAAGGUGUGUUCUGGAAGCAAACGGAGGAGAUCGGAGGAGUUUGUCAAGGUUCCGGCGGCGAUUAAUCUUGAUUUACGAUUGACGCCGAUUUUUCAACAGAAGGCGGUGGAGGAACGCCGGCAUGGUUCGCCGUCGAUGACGUCGGAGGAAUCGGUGACGACGACGGCGUGUUUGGAGACUGGGAUUGGAGAUCGGUGGAGUCACGGUGGUGAUCGGAAAGUUCUCAACCUUUUCAUAUGAGGAUUUUCUGUAUUUGUGUUGAGCGUGACUCUCACGCGCCGUAAAGUUUUUCUGUUUUGCUCACAAUACUCAUUGUGGUGAAAAGAGUAAAACGGUUUUGUAGUUCGGUGAAUUUUCGUGAGUUACCGGUUCAGGAUUUCUCUAGAGAGAAAGAUGAUGGUUCGUCGGUGAUUUUUUUCUUUUUGCUGCUAAAUAUGAGAUGUGUAAACCUGUAACCGUGGAAUAUCAAAUAUUAAAUCAAAUUAAAUAAAUAGUUUUUUUUUUUUUAA